AUGAAGGCUUUUCUUCUAACAGCCAACCUAAAUAGCCCUUUCCCCCGAAGAUCAGGCGCACAGAGCGCGCUCUGCCUCCCGAGACAGCGCUGCUGCGGCCUCUCCCAGUGCCCUCCACGGAACGCCCGCGACACCUACACAAAGUGUAACUCCGAACCAGCUGCAGCCCUCAGCGGCAUGCCGCGAGCCGUGGCGUGCCGCUUUCACGUGCGCAAGACUACUACUGAAACCGCAGCGUUCAGCCCCUGCGGUCACCGCCGCGCCCCUCCCUGCGGGACCGCAACCCGCCGCGCCCAGCCAGCCGCCUCCGCAGCCCCCGGGCCGCCACCACGGCAGGACGCUGAGCAAGCGGCGGGGGGCGUGGGAAGGCGGCGGCGCCGCCUCAGCCGCUUGCCUGCGCGAGGCUUUUCCCGCGGUCCCCCCGUCAGCGCCCGGCGAGUGGUACGCUCCGCCCCGGCGUCUGCCCGGCGCGGGCCAAUGGCAGCGGCCGCGGGAGGCGGCGGCGGGGCUGCUGCCGCGCUCUGCGUGCGUGUGCGGCCGCUCAUCGCCAGGAGAGACUCUGCUUUAGAAGGUAAAUUGUCACUGCGCUGGAAGAGUGACAAUAAUACCAUUUCUGAAGUGCAUGGCACAAAAGUGUUUAGUUAUGAUCCUGUGUUUCGCUCAAGCGACAGCACUCAGCAGCGAUGUGAAGGUGUAGCAGUUCCAAUUCUGCAGUCAGCUGUACAAGGCUAUAAUGGCACAAUAUUUGCUUAUGGACAGACAGCUUCAGGGAAGACAUCCACCAUGAUGGGAAAUGAGGAUUCUCCAGGCAUAAUCCCUAAGGCAAUUCAACAUCUCUUCAAAGCUGUUUGUGAGAUUCCAGAUACAGACUUCCUGCUGAGAGUUCCUUGCAUGGAAAUCUCCAAUGAAAUCAUUGCUGACUUGCUUUGUGACCCCAGGAAAGAAAAGCCUCUGGACAUUAGGAGGAUGUUAAUGUAAGUGAAUAGGAAUAGAUUUGUGGAAGACCUGAUUGAAGAGGUGGUGGUGGCCCCUGAAGAAGUGAUGGAAUGGAUCAGUGUGUGUAUCAGAAUGCAAGCAUUAAGUAUGCCAGUAUUGGGUUUUGACAGGGAAUCGCCGCUGUGGGGAAAGCAAUGGAUCAUUGAAAGCAGAGAAAAAAGUGACCUUGCCAAUGCAAGCUGUGAUGGAGCAGUGAUGGUAUCCCACCUGAGCUUGGUAGAGCUGGCAGGCGGUGAAGGAGCUACACAAACAGGAUCUGAAGGUGUGUGAGGGCAGGAAGGCUGCAGCACAAACCGGAGCUUGCUCGUUCUGGGCCAAGUCGUCAAACAGCUUUCUGAUGCCCCUUCUGGCCUCAUCAGUCCCAGAGACAGCAAGCUGGCUCGAAUUCUGCACAGCUCCCUGGGAGGGAGCGCUCAGACAGUUGUUGUUUGUACAAUGACUCCUGUUUCCUUUGAUGAAACACUCAGUACUCUUCAGUUUGCCAGUACAGCCAAAGGAGUGAGGAACACUCCAGAAGUCAAUGAAGCUGAUGAUGAUGCUCUCCUGAAGAGAGACCACAAGGGAAUUCUGGAUUUGAAAAAGCAGCUGGAGGAAGUAUCUUCCAAGACUCAAAUUCAUGCAAUGGAGAAAGACCAACUGGCCCAGCUGUUGGAAGGAAAACCUUCUCUUCAAGAAGUACAGGAAGACAGGAUACACAGUUUAACUGGAGUGCUGGGGACUUCUGCCUCCUUUCCCUCUGAAGCAAUGCUGAAGCCAGCCAAGAAAAGAAGAAGGGAGGCUUGGGCUCCUGCUGAAAGAAACCAGACAAAUGUGAGGUAUUUUGAAGAAACUGAGUCAAGGCCAUCUGAAACAAAGGAAAUGACAUUGUCUGUGUUUUCACCAACAGACAUGGAGGGUUCUGAAAACAGGCAGCUGAGCUUAGCAAUAAAUGAAGUGAGGGAGAAGCUGAAGGAAGAAACAGAAACCGAUGAAUCUGAAGCACUGGAAGAACAAACACAAGAAGACUGAGGUAGGGUGCAAGACAGACCUGAAAUUACCAACUUAAAGAAUAUGGUUUCAAAUGCUGAGGUGUGCAGUGAGGAGCUGGAGGUGAUGGCAGAAAUCAAGUUGGAAGAGUUGAAAGAGAGAGGCAACAAAAUCAAGGUACUGCAGAGCCCAGUGGGAGACCUACAGAAUGCAGUAGCAGAGAAAAAGGACACAUCUCUCUCAGGGGGAAAUUCUGAUAAGCUACUUGAAGAAAUUCAGCAGCUGAACAAAUCCCUCUUAGAUAGCGAAGCCAUAGCCUUGGAUGUCCACAAAGCUGCUUUUCUCAGAAGUGACAGUCUGGAGCUGAAGGAGAGGAUGGAUGAACUCCCAAAUAACUGCAAGCAAAUGCAAAAGGAUGUUCAGUUCUAUCAAAGCCAAACAGAAGCAGGAGAAGCCAGUUACAGAAGAAUGCAAGCUGGCUUGCAGAGAGAGCUGCAGGCUGUAUUUCACAGCACAGGGCUGACUUCACUGACGGAGGGCAGAGUUCCCAGCGAUCUGCUCUCUCUUGUUGAGCUGGGAGAAAAGGCAGCUGACUUAAAAGGAGAACUAGAAAAAGCAUUGAAAGAAAAUGCACUUCUACAAAGCCAAGUACAUGAGCUAUCACAACUUCAGUCUCUUCCAAAUACUGUUGAGAUGCAGCAGAGAGGUAAAUCUGAGCUGCUUGAAAAAUGUGAGGAACUACACUUCUUAACAUGGGAAAAGGAGAAGCUGCUUUCUGAAGUAGCUGAUAGUGAAAUUAGGCUCAAAGAGAUGACUGAAGGCACUGGAAAAGCAGAGGACACUCUAGCAGAUGCACGGCUUAGGUAUGUGAGCUCUGAUCAGGAAUACCUAGCACUUAAAGAGCUCCCUGGAGAGCUGGAGCAAAAAUACCUCUCUGUGUCAGAAAACAAUGAGCAAAUACAGCUCCAAGUAGAUGUUCUGGCUCAAGAAGCACAAGAGGCUAAAGCAGCUCUGCAUGAAGGGAAAUCAGAGCUCAGCAGCUGAAUGAAAGACCUGGAAGAGGAGAAAGCAGAGUACAAACAACAAGUUCUUCAGGCAAGAGAAGAAGAUAUUGGGCCUCAGCAGAAGUGAAAUGAAUUGGAACAAUUGGAAGGGCAAGAAAAGGUUCUGGCUGAGACCAAGGAUUCAGAGAUCCAGGCAGUUCUUCAGCAGCUUACUGGGGGGCAAGAAACAAUGAGAACUCCGACUCAGGAAAGAGAUGACCUGAAGCAAAGAGAGGAGUCUCUCCAGGCUGAGACAGACCAGCUCAGAGAGGAUAGAAAGGAGACUGUGUCAGUGGUAGGAAUUCUGUUGGCUGUGGACGUCAACAUUCAGAAGCUGGGAAAUGAAAUGAAUGAAGUAGCAAAAGAUGUUGAAAGAUGA